GCCGCGCCCGCCGGGUCCUCCACGCGCAGGGGCCGCUCUCUCCCGCCCGGGGCCUCCCUCUUUCCCAGAGCGGCCGCUCGUCAGCGCGGGGCCUCAGGGGUCGCCCGCUCCAACGGAAGCGGCUGUUGCUAGGAGACAGGGGACGCGACUUGCUGCAGGGUGGGAGGAGCAAGAGCAGCCAUGCCGAAGAAGGGGCGCAAGGCAGCCCCCCUGAGCGAGGAGGAGCAGUUGCUGCUGAUGCAGCAGAAGAUGCUGGCGGAGGAGGAGCUGAGCAAGAAGAAGGAGGACAUGCUCACCCAGUUCCUGAAGGACAAGCUGGCGAAGGAGGAGCAUAACAGCACCCUCAACUUGAAUAAGAUCAACCUGCAGUGGCGCACAGUGCUGCGGGAAGUCAAGGCCAGAGAACUACGCAAGGACAUUGAGAUCCUGAGCCAGACCUUUGAGCGGGUGGUGGACUGCAAGGACAGCGUCAUCCGGUCGCUGGCCAGGGACCUGUCUGAGGGAGAAGCGCAGUACACUCAUGCCCUGUGCAGCCACCUGCACAACAUCGACCAGUUGCUGCAGCUCCAGCGGUGCCGCCUGGGGUACCUGGAUGAGGAUUACAACACUGAGCUGGAGGCCCUGAAGAAGGAGUUUGAGACAGAAAGGAGGAUGAUCAUCGAGCACCAUGACAAGGAGAGCCGCUACCUGCAGGACGUGCUGCUGGCCCUGGAGCAGAACUUGAGUGAGAGCGAGUAUGAGGCCAAGCUGGACUUCCAGAGCACCAGGGAUGACGUCAAGAAUAAGAACCUGGAGGAGAAGCACUAUCUGCGUGUGCAGCUGGAGGGCACAGUGGAGGAGCUGUGGAAGCAGUUCCAGCAAGCGCUGAAGAACUACACCGAGGCAACAGAGGACCGGAAGAUUGCAUUUGAGGCCCUCAAGCUGAAGGAUGAGAAGAGCUCCAAGGAGAUUGAGAUGCAGAUGAAGAAGCUGCAGAAAAUUCAGGACUCCAUUGGCAUCCUGAAGGGCAAGAUCGUGGCACACAUGCGGGAGGCCGAGGAGCAGAACCGGCAUGUGCGUGAGGAGAAGGAGGUCGUGCUCAAGCAGCUGCAGAAGCUCAAGAGCCAGAUGAACCAGGCCAGGGCCAAGGCCAGGAGCAACCUGGCCAAGCUCACCCUGGAGAGCAGCACUGCCCUAAAGAAGCUAAGGGGCAUCAUAGAAAAGGCAGAGCUCACCCUGAGGCUGGCCGAGAUGUGUCGGAAGCUGGAGACCGAGGAGGAGAAGGUGCUGCCAUUCUACGCCUCCUCGCUGAGCAGGGAGGAGCAGGAGGAGGUGGAGCAAGUCUCCCUGGAGAAGCCUGGGGAGCAGCUGGCCUGGCUGAUGCAGGACUACCUGGGCCUGGAGCACUUCUGGCAAAGGUACAACAAGGUGAAGCUGGAGCAGCUGUCUCUGGAGCGGGAGAAGGCGGUGCUGCACCAGGAGAACCAGAAGCUGCGCCUGCUGCUCAAGCAGUACCUGGACGGGAUCUCGGUGAGCGAUGAGGUGUUCAGCCAGCUCAACCCACUGCUCAUCCUCAACCACAAGCCCCAGGCACCUGGGCCCACUGGCAAAGCCCACUGCAAACGGCCCCUUCACAAUGUCAUCGAGGCUGCCCACGAGGUGCCACACAUCCUGUGAGCCACCUACCUGCCCAGCCCGGGCCAUGCUGGGAACUGUGCUCUGUGAGCUGUGGCAGCUUGUGCCUGGUGCGCGCAGCUGGGAGAGUCGGGCGUGAGGAGCGGCGAGCGCUUGAAGCCCCAGCGGUGCCAUCCCACUUGCUGGGGAAACUCCAUGCCCAUAGGAAGCUGCCAUUAAAGGGUUGAGCUGAUCGCAGUGGUGACGCCUGACAGGGAAGUGUAGGGGAGCCGCGGGCCAUCCAGGCACAUGGCUCUACCCCAGCGUUGCCAAGGCAGGCUGGUAACCCUGGUGCAGCUCUGCAGCCUCCAGGCCAGGCCCUGCCCCAGGGAAGCAAAGCCCUGGGAUUGCCUGAUCCUGGGAACGGGCAGGCAGGUGGCCACUGUGAGCGAGAUGCCUUCGCUCUCCUGCCCUAUCUAAGCCCUGGGAGCUGGCUUGGCCCCGGCC